AUGUAUUUAUCUUACAUUUUACUUGUCGUCUUUUAUUUUCAUGGUGGUCUAAGUACCACUUGCCCAAGAAGAUGCAGCUGUGACCCUGCCCAGUCAGUGCAAUGCUAUAGAGCUACAGAGAUCCCCAGAGAGAUUCCUGUUACCACCAAGAGACUCUACAUCAGCCACAGCAAAAUUAAACACCUCCAGAUAACUGACUUCAGGAGACUUUCAUCCCUUGAAGAGCUGGCAUUGUCAUGCAGUGGCACAGAAUCAAUAGAAAAAAAUACUUUCAAAGCUCUGCGCACUUUGAAGUCCCUAGAACUCUACAAAAAUCAGUUAAAACAAAUACCCACCUUUCUUCCACAAGGCCUUGAAAUUUUGAAACUCGCUGAUAACUCCAUCAACACUCUGCAUGCAUCUGAUUUUGAAGGUUUGGUGAAACUAAGGGUGCUUGAUAUUCGAAACAACUUGAUUACGACUCUGCCUCCAAGUGCAUUUUCUUCCCUUUGCAAUUUACAAAGUCUAAUUCUGGAUGGCAACAACAUGGAAUCUGUAUCUGCACCACUUAAGCUUCCUAGGCUAAAGUAUCUGAGCAUGGCUGAUAAUAAACUGAAUUCAUUCCCAACAAACUUCUUUGCAUCAUUCCAAAGUCUACAGUUUCUCAGUUUAAGUGGCAACUUUCUGACAAAAGUACCCCUUGACCUACCUAAAUCACUGCUGUCACUAAAACUAGAGAAAAACCAUCUUAAAACAAUAAGACUUCAAGAUAUGAAACACCUAGAAAAUCUGUCUGAGUUCUUCCUGACAGAAAAUCAGAUAACAUCAAUAGAUGGUGCCCAGCUUCUUCCUAACUUAACAACACUGGAACUCUCUAAGAACCAGCUCCACACAAUGCCACUCAGGCUGCCUGGCAGACUGCAGAAACUCGACUGCAGCAAUAACCUGAUCCAAAGGGUGACAGCACAGGACUUCCAAGGACUACAGGAUCUCAGGCACUUGUUUCUUGACAACAACGCUGUUAACAUGUUUGAGGCAGGAGCUCUUCAGCAGUGUGUGCAGCUUUUGAACUUGGCAUUGGAACAGAACCUCCUCAUUUCUAUUCCGCUGAGACUUCCAGACACCCUUGCUAGAUUGGAUCUAAAGGGAAAUGACAUAGAAGAUGUUGGAGAACAAGAGUUAAAGGACUUGAAACAGCUUCAGGUUUUAAAUCUAAGGAAUAACAAGAUAUCUGCCUUGGAUCGCAAAGUCUUAGGGUAUUUACCUCGCCUUCGGCAUCUGUAUUUAGAUGGAAACCCUUGGAACUGCACCUGUGACCUUCUCAGAACGAGAAGAGCUCUGGUGGCCAAAGGAACGGAUGUCAGGGGAGGGCAGUGUGUGGCGCCAGCAGAAAGCCGAGGAGAAAGUUGGAUGUCUUCCAAAAAGAUUCUGCAGCAGUGUGAAGAUAAUCUGUCUUCCACGGAAACAGGCAAAGAGGACAGAAAGAAAAUGAAACCUAAUGAAGCCUCCAGUGCUGGAGUAAACACAGAUGAUGAUUACUAUGAUUAUGAAUUAGAUUAA